AUGCUCAAAUUAUUUGAACCUUAUUAUAAAGAAUUGAUUUUCUUGCUCUCGCAAUUUUUAAAAUUUGAAUUUACUUAACCUUAGAUAAUAUAAAUGAUCCUCAUAAUUUUAAAUUAGGUGUAACCAAUUGCCUUUAACUUUUAUCAUAUAUACAAUUCAUAAAAAUAAUUUGAACCGACACUCUAAUCACUGCUUAUUUUAUCAAGGCCUUAUUUAUUUAUUGUUAAUGAAACAUAAAAAAUUUUUCUUUUCAGUAUUUGUUUUGCGAUCCAAUAACUAACAAUAAUAUUUACGAUAUACCUAAUAAUAAAAUCUAAGAAUCAAUAAUUCCAUGAAAUCAAAAUAUCAAAUAUGAUGCUGUAAUAUAUUUGUAAUUAUUACUAUUUGGUUUCAUCAACCUUUUUUUCGUGGUUAAUAGAAAUAUGUAUGAUGAAUAUAUUAUAAUUUUAUGGAAUAAUUUUAGGAAUAAUAAUGAUCAUAGAAGUCGCACUUAUAGUUAUAUUUUCAGAUAUAGUAUUUUAAAGUGGAUUAAUAUUAAGAGUAUCUACUUAAUUACCAUUAAAUAACAGUUACAUAAAAUUUUUUAUAAAACCAUUAAGAAUAUUUUAAAUAAUUAUAUUUUUUUUCUUAAAUAAUCAGAAAUUAUGCUUAUUAUUUCAAAAUUUUUUGAUUAUUUUAAUACAAACUUUGCAUAUUUACUAAAUUUUAGAAUCAAAAAUAUACGCAAAAAUGAAAUGUGCAAUGACCUCUCUUAUUAUUGCAUCAUUUGGAAUAGUUAUAGCAAUUGAAGCUCUUAUAAGGUAAAAUAGAAUAAAUGAUAAUUUAUGGCUAUUAAUAUCUCUCAUAAUCAUAUAUAUUCUAUAGUUUUUUUACAAAAGAUCGCAUUUAUCAUUAUAAACAGAAGAUUUAAAAUAAUUAAAGUAUCUUUUCUCUUAUGUAGAGAAUCUAGAUGGGAAUAUGUAGAAGAACAGGUUUACAAUGACUCUGAUAGCUUUUGAGCAUCAAUAAAAUUGCUUAAAAAUUGACUGUAUUUGUAAGAAUUAGAUUAAUAUUAAAUAAAAAAUACUAUAACUUAUUGAAAUGAGGUUAGAGUUAUUUUUAGAACAAAGGACAAAGAAGAUUGAAUAAAUGACGCUUGAUUUAUCUUAGAUACUUUUUAGAAGAAGGUAAUAUGUUAAGGCUUAAUAAGUUAUAUUUAGAGUAGCUUAUACUAAAGAUAAUUAUUAAAUUAAAUAUAAUUCAUUUAAUUUAUCUUUGACUACUCUUUGUCUUUUAGACUUUUUAAAAUAUUAAAUAGAGAAUGAUGUUCUUAUUUAAAUGAUGGAAAGAAUGAUUCUUACUAAUCCAAAUAAUAAAUUAAUAGCAGAUUCUUUAAAAUAAUUUUCAAUAAAUGAAAGUAGUGAUUAGUAUAUAUAGAUGAAGUUAAAAAAGACAAUCUAAGAUAAAAGUUUAUUUUAUUAUUAUUUUAUUGAACAUUCAAAUAAAUUUCAAGGAGAUAUAAAUUAUCCAAUUAAAAUUAUAACUUAAUUAUAAUAAUUUCGAAUAGAAUUAAUUGAAAGGUAUUAAAAAUUUCCAAGUAUUAAAAUAUUGUUUUAUUUAGCUUCUAGCAAUCAAAAUGUGUUAAAAUUUUAUCUAUUAGAAGUUUUGAAUGAUUAUAUUGAAGCUUUUGAUUUAAAUAAAAAUAAAGCACUGAAUGAUGAGAAUUAUUAACUUUUUCAUGAUUCUGUCUAUAAUAAAAUGUUUGGUUAAAAUCCAUCAUAUAUAGUUGCUGAGAUAAAUAAAGAUCUUGAUGUUAUAAUUGUUAGAUAGUCUAAAAAAGCUAUAAAAAAAUUCUAAUAAAUUUAUGGAUAGAAAUGGAAAAAUUAAAUGGAAAUUAGUGUUCAUGAUUUUAUUCCUGAAUAUGUUUACAAAUAGCAUAGAACACUUAUUGAAUAGUUUUUUGAUGAAGGAAUAAAUAAAUAUUAUUAGCAAUAGAAUCUUUCAUUUCUUAAACUUUGUGAUAAAAUAAUGCUACCAAUAGAAAUGAUGAUUGGUCUAAAUUAAAGCAGCACUUAAGCUUUUUCAUUUCUUAUUUUUUUUUAUGAAUAAAUAGAUUAUAGAUCUUAUUUAGUUGUAAGUUAAUCUCUUGAUAUUAUUAAUUGCAGUGAAAAUAUUAGUCUUUAAAUUUUAGGAAAUAGUUAAUAUUCAAACAGUUUUAUUUCUUCAAAAAGUCUAGGACCUAUUUUCAAUAUCAUAAGUGAUUUUGAUUCAAUGAUCUAAUCUAAUGAAAAGAAUUUCUUUAACCAAAGCAUAAAGCUUCUAAGUUCAAAUGGCAAAUAAGCAGGUUAAAGAUACUUAGAUUAUAUUAGUAAUAUCAUAAUCGAAAAAAAAUUUAAAAAUGAAAAUAUGUGUUAUAUGAUAACUUUAGAUAAUAUUAGAGCAUAAAAUAACAGAAAUCAAAUGGAUUCUAAAUUAGAAACUAGCAUAUUUUAUAGAUAAUAAACUCAUGACUAAUAAAUUAUUUUAAAGUUAGAAAGAAUUAAAGAUGACAUUGAUGAGGAUAUUGAAAAAGCUUUGCCUUAUUAAGAAAUAUUUGAUAUAUCUUUAAUAAAAAAAGCAAAUCCUCUAAAUCAAAGUGAAACUCAACAUAUAGAAUCUAAACUCUAUAUGACUGAUUUAUUAGUUGAUCAAGAGCAAAUUAAUCCAAUUUAAUAGUAGUAAUUUUAAGCCCAUAACAAAUUAUUUAGUCCAAAAGAAUCUAUGAAUGAAGAAUUCUUAAAGAAAAAAAAUAUAAUUUUUUAAAAUGAUGUUAGAGAUUUUGUUUCUGGAUCUUCAAUUACUAUGAUUAAAAAAUCAAAAUUUUACAAAAAAUUUGAAAUUAUAUACUCAUUAUGUAAAUCUUUGAAAAGUUCUUCAAAAUUAAUCAAAGCUAAUAUUAAUUUUAUUCUAUUCAUAAUUUUAAUUUAAAUUUAUGUAAUAAUUGUAAUUAUUUAUGAUUAAAAUAGAACUUAAGUUUAAUAAUGAAUAUUCGUAGUUUUAUAUCCGAUAUGAAAUUGCUUUCUGUUAGAUAUGAUGUAACUGGGCCAUUAGAGUCAUUCUCAGUAUCAAGAUUUAAUUAGAUCAAUUAUAGAGAAAUGCUUAGUAGAAAAGUAAUAAACUCUACUUACGCUGCAUAAUUACAAAUUUUUCCAAGAAAUAAUUUAAUGCAAUCAUUUGACAAAAUGAAAAAAAGCAUGGGAGAUGUACUUUUAAGAAGUGAAAUUGAUAAGAUAUCAAAUAUAACUAAUAUACCAAUAAUGUUAUAUGUUGGAACUAAUAAUACUGGAAAAGAAUAUAAUGUGAGUAAACGAUCAGUUAUAAUUAUUACUUUAAAUUAUUAAUAUGAUUUUAAAUUACAUUUAGAUGGACUUGGAGGAGGCUUUGAUAAUCCUUAUUUUUAUUUUACUUAUAAGGAUUAUUAAAUAGUAAAGUCUAUGUUUGAUCAUUUAAAUGUAGUUAUAUUAGAUAUAACACUUGAGAGAUCUUUUCAAGAGAAAAAAAAAUGGAUAUUUGCAUAUUUUCCCUUUUUAGGUUUGAAUUUUUUAAUUACUUUAUUAAUUAUUUUAUAAUAAAUAAAGCAUAGUAAUGAGAAAAAUGCAAUUAUGAAAUAUAUAUCAUCAAUAGAUUUAAAUAUUUUAGAGCAAGAAAAAUUAAGAUUAUCUUAUUUAUAAUCAAUAGUUAAUUAAGAUAUGGAUGUUAUAAAAACUUUUUCAAUUGAUAUUGAUUCAAUUGAUAAUUAAUUAGAAUAAUCAAACAUAAAAUAUAAAUCCUUUUUUUCAAAAAAAUCAAAUACUAAACUUAUCCAUAAUAAACCUAUUUUAGGGCUUACUUUAAGUAUCAGUCAUUUUUUACUAUUUGCAACAUUUAGCAUAUAUUUAUUUAUGACUUUUAGAAUGUAUUUAAUAAAGUAUGAAAAAACAGCAGUGUUUUAUUAAUAAUUAUCUGAUUUAGGAGUAGAUAUACCAGCUGUAUAUGCUCAAAAAGAAAUUUUAUUUAGAGUUUCACUAAGAUAUCCUUUUCUAAACAAAACAGAUUUGGAUUAGACUUAUGCAGUUAUUUUUAAUGCUUUAAAAUCUAUAUAAUUUUAUCAAUAAUAAAAUCUAAAUUUAAGUAGCAGUGAUUAUUUGUUUGAUGAAUAUUUAAUUGAUUUCUUUAGUAAUAUAAAUACUGGAAAUUUGUGUGAAUUGUAGAGUGAUGAAUUAAAAUAAUAAACUUAAUCAUUUUGCCCCUUAGUAAUGUAAGGUAACUUAGUGCAAGGAUUCUAAUAAACAUUAAUUUAUAUAUUGAAUUCUGUUAAUGUUUAAUAAUUAGAUACUAAAAACUUUACUGUUUAACCAGCUUCAACAUUGUUAGAGUUAGAAGGAUCAACAAUUUUAACAGAUAUUAUUGAAAUAAUGAAAAAAUAAUUUUAUAAUAAUUUAGUAGACUCAGCAUAAACUUUAAUCUUAAAUUAAUAAGUAAAUUUUAAAUCAAUUAUUUUAGUUAUUAUGCAUUUUCUAUUUAAUUUUUGAGAUCAUUUUAGCUAUUUUCUAUUUUACUAAAAUUGAUAAAUACAACUAUAAGCAAUUUUUAUAUUUGAAAUAAAGUGUUUAUUUAUUUCCUCGUCAUACAUUGAUUUUCGAUGAUUCCUUUUAUAGAAACUUUAGGAGUAUAGUUAAUGAAGAAAAUUUAUUAAACUGA